AUGCAAACGACACCCCAGACACUGAUCGACACCUACACCCGUAACGGCUGGUGGGGUCAGGACACCGCCAGCUCGCUACUGCAGCAGGCGAUUGCUGAACAACCCGAGCGGCUGGCGUUGGUCGACGCGCCAAAUCGCCAGGAGCUGGUGGCGGGGGAGGCCGCCCGUCUGACUUAUAGCGAUCUUUGCCAGCGGGUGGAUAAGGUUGGGGCCGCGUUUCAUGCCAACGGCGUUCGGGCUGAUGACAUUGUUGUCGUGCAGCUGCCCAACAUUGUUGAAUUGCCCAUCGUUUUCCUGGCCCUGGCCCGCCUGGGUGCGGUCGUCAGUCCGGUACCGGUUCAGUACGGUGGGCACGAACUCGGCAAAAUUCGCAAAGCCCUCGAUGCCAGCGCCUUUGUCUCAGCGCGGCGAUUCAAGUCGCAGAAUCUGUUGGCCGAACAUGCCAGCGCCUUCGACGGCUGUAUGCUGUUUGCUACAGCUUCUGAGUCCAAUGAUGAGGCUGAUGACAGCGAAAUUUCGAGUGCCGUCGAUUUGGAUCGAUACGAACUAAACGCUGAUGCCCAGAGCGCCUAUGAUGGAUAUUGCGCGUCUUUCGAGCCGCAAGCGAACGACAUUUUUACUGUCUGUUGGACUUCCGGUACCACCGGCGUGCCCAAGGGUGUGCCCCGCAGUUACAACCAUUGGAUGGCCACCAGCGUCGGUAGUGGUGAUUUGGCUGAGCUGCAAGACGCCGAUGUGCUGCUGAAUCCGUUUCCGCUGGUAAAUAUGGGUGGUAUCGGCGGGUUCUUUUUCAACUGGCUUAAGUGUCAUGGCACCUUGGUGCUACACCACCCGAUGGAUCUGCCAGUGUUUCUUGGCCAGAUAGCUGCGGAGAAAACCAACUACACGAUCGCGCCGCCGGCACUGCUUAACAUGCUUUUGCAGAACAAGCAGUUGCUGGAAAACCUGGAUCUGACAGCGUUACGCUCGAUUGGCAGCGGCAGUGCGCCGCUGUCGCCAUGGAUGGUCGAGGGCUAUGAGACUGAUUAUGGCAUCUCAAUAAUGAAUAACUUCGGUUCAAAUGAAGGGAUGUGUCUGCUGUGCGGUCCCAAAGAGGUCCCAGACCCAGCGCUACGGGGUGAGUUGUUCCCUCGCUUCGGCGCCGGCGAUUAUCAGUGGACCAAUCGCAUGGCGAGCAUGUUUUCCACCAAGUUGAUUGAUACCGAAUCGGGUGAAGAGAUUAACGAGCCAGAAGUUCAGGGCGAAAUGUUAAUCAAGGGCCCGACCGUAUUUGAUGGAUAUUGGAACUCGCCCGAGGUCAAUGCGGAGGUAUUUUCCGAUGAUGGUUACUUCCACACCGGUGAUCUGUUUGAAAUUGCAAAGGAAGGUGGCGUUGGACAGUACUACCGGUUUGUCGGUCGACAUAAAGACAUCAUCUCCCGUGGUGGAAUGAAGAUAUCGCCCGCUGAACUCGACAACCUGUUAGCGGGUCACGAGAAGAUCGCAGACGUUGCCGUUGUAGGUGUUCCCGACGACAUCCUGGGUGAACGCGUUGCAGUUGCUGUGGUGCCCAAAGCUGGUGAGGUUGUAGAUCUGUCGGACAUUAUCGACUUUUUGAGAACCGAGGACAUUGCAAAAUUCAAACGGCCAGAACUUCUACAGGUCGUUGAAACGCUGCCGCGCAAUCCACUCGGAAAAGUUCUGCGCCACGAACUCGUGCACAUCUUCGCCGAUGACAGCGGGGGCUGA